GAUAGGGACUCGAGGAAAAGUGUGCGGAGGCGCGCGCCGCGCAAGGCGGGGGUCUGUCCCGGGCAGCGCUGCGGGCCGCGGCGGGGCCGGAAAUGUCAGGCAGUCCCCGCGUCCCGGCUGCCUUGAAGCGGGUCUGCGGCCCCCGCGGGCGCGGAGAGCGGUAGACCAUGGCGCCGGCGGCGUCGAAGUUGCGGGCGGAGGCCGGGCUCGGGGCGCUCCCGCAGCGGGCGCUCGCCCAGUACCUGCGCCUCCUGCGGCUCUACCCGGUGCUCACCAAGGCGGCCACCAGUGGCGUUUUGUCAGCACUUGGGAACUUCCUGGCCCAGAUGAUGGCGAAGCAGCGGAAAAAAGAAAACUGCUCCCAAAAGCUAGAUGUCGGUGGGCCUCUCAGAUACGCCAUUUAUGGGUUCUUCUUCACAGGGCCACUGAGUCACUUCUUCUACCUCUUCAUGGAGCGCUGGAUCCCUUCUGAGGCGCCCUGCGCUGGGGUCAAGCGGCUCCUCCUGGACCGCCUCCUCUUUGCACCGGCCUUCCUGUUGUUGUUCCUCUCCACCAUGAACUUCCUGGAGGGGAGAGGCGCAGCCGCCCUCUCUGUCCAGAUAAGGAGAAGCUUCUGGCCGGCGCUGCGCACGAACUGGCGAGUCUGGACCCCAGUGCAGUUCAUCAACAUCAACUACGUCCCUUUGCAGUUCCGGGUGCUUGUUGCCAACCUGGUGUCUCUGUUCUGGUACGUCUACCUGGCCUCUCUGGGGAAGUGAAGACGGCCUGGAGUGAACGCGGACACGCUGCCAUGUGCGUAGGGACCCACUUGCCUGGGGUGACAGAGCAGACACACCUCGUCAGGACUUUAGCUGACUCCAGAUCAUGUGAUUCAAGAUGGAGAAACAAAUCUGGUAAUGUUGAGAAUCUUGUGUUUUAAAAAGGCAGAAAAUGUCUUCAGCUGAUGCUGCCUUAGAGUCGUAAAUUACAGUACAAUGAUGUCACUUGUCACCCUGAAAUGAGUUAGGACGACAAUAAACUAUAAUGUAGCCUUUUC